UAAAUCAUGCUUUUAGAGAAGCCUGUGACCUUUUCCCCCAGCCAUGCCUCAUGAAUCUAUUCAAAGGGGGAACAUCCUCCCAUACUAAAAGCAAAUAUUCAUUGCAUUAGUUCCCAUUCCACAAAAGGACAUACUUGGAGACCUGUGAGUCUAUUUAAUGAUGGUAAAUUCUUUGCUCUGAUGUUUGGCAGGAGUAGCCUUACAGCAAAAGACAGAUGAAGAGUAGUCUGGUUUUAUGGAGUUGUUGACCCUAGUCACCUGAAUUCUGAUAACUUUUAUUUGAGUGAUUUUUACAAAGCACCUGACACAGUUGAACAUGAGUUCAUUGUGAAUGACAUUUGGAAAAUAGGUUUUAAGAAUAGAGGCUGGCCGGCCUACAGUUUGAAAGACAUGUUCCACCAGUUUGUGUGUCUGGUAAAGAUGAAUUCAAAUAUAUCUAUAUUACUUUCGCUAAAAUCUUGGAACCUACAAAUUAUAUAUACAUUAUCUGGUGGAGAAUGGGAUGAGUAUUUUAUUUUUCUCCUUUAAUUUGAAAAGUAUCGCCCGGAACACACGCCGGGCAGCGGGGUAGAGGGCGCCCCCUAUGGCACAGCGGCGAACUGCCUUUCUCUUCAUCUCUGCCAGGCUCUGAGAGAAAGCAGGGGCCGAAACGCACGGUUUUGUUUUAUAAUAAACUAAAGGUAAAUGUGGUAAAACAAUACCAGAUAACGUAAGCAGGUACUCCUUUAUGUAGUGUCUCUGUAGCAUGAUAAUACGUGGUCUUUAAUAGCUAAUUUUAUUUUACACUUUUUUAUAUAUCUUUGUAUUAAUUGUCCCAAUUUUAAUGAGUUCCAUCGAACCAGAAUAUUUAAUAAUUUGGGGCGGUUCAUGCUUAGGUUGCUCCUUGUGUUAGAGAAAAUGGUAUUUAUUGCACAAUCCUCCUGUUCAGACGCUAGAUGGCAGCACCUGGUGCUUAAAGACAGACACCGACACAGGAAGAAAGCGGAAGCGCAAAAGCUUCUCGCGACAUGACCGCAGCUGCAACGACACCUGAGCGGCUUGGCAUUUAUGUCUUCCAUUGCCGUGAAUUAAUGUGCUGCGUGUUGUGUCCCAGGUGAACUUGCGAUCAUGGAAGAAGACGUUUUGUUCCUGAUGACCUACAUGUUGCUGAAGCGCAGGAGAGACAUAAACAACGCAAACAUGCAGAGGCGCAAUGAGAUCCAGACGCGCAUCAGACACAGACAGUACUUCUUCCAGAGACAGAGGAGGAUGCUCCUGAUGAUGAUAGCAGGGGGUAUCUGCUCCAAUGCCCGCAUCCGCACACGGCCUUGGACCACUACUCCGAGCACUGAUUGGUGGGAGCGGGUGGCGAUGAUAGAAUUUCAGCCCUCUGAUUGGCUGGACAAGUUCCGAAUGAGCCGGGAGACGUUCUUCUACCUCUGUGACAAACUGCGUCCCCGCCUGGCUCGACAGGACACUAGUUUCCGCCUGGCACUGCCGGUGGAGAAACGCGUAGCCGUGGCUCUGUGGCGCCUCGCCUCGAACGUCGAGUACCGCACCAUCAGCAGCCUGUUUGGCGUGGGGAAGUCCACCGUGUGCAGGUGCGUCAGAGACAUGUGCCAUGCCAUUGUGGCGCUCCUCAGCUCGCUCUACCUCCGUCCGCCCAGCGCACAAGACUUGGAGGACUCGGCUCAGCUGUUCCUUUCCCACUGGGGCUUCCCUCACUGUGUUGCUGCCGUAUCUACACUCCACACCGCUAUCAUCACCCCGUCAAACAACGCGUCUGACUAUGCAAACCAUGGCGGCUGGCUGUCAGUAAUGUCACAGGUGGUCGUUAGUGGACGGGGGCAGUUCUGGGACGUGUGUGCCAGUUUCCCAGGUGGGACAGACCCGGCUGACAUCUUACAGAACUCCUCGCUGUGGGCCACAGCUUCAGAGGGAGGACUGUCGCCUUCCCUGCCACCUGUCUUCAUGGGGAGACCACUCAGGUAUGUGUUGCUUGGGGAGGCCUGCUUCCCUCUUCAGGGUUGGCUGAUGAAGGCCUAUCCUGAAGAACAAGGCAGGGGGGCAAGGCACACAGCGCCGGUGGAGUCGCAGCGGCUCUUUAACCGGCAGACGGCCAGAGCGUUGCGCGUGUCGGAGGAGGCGCUGCUGAGGCUGAGGGCGCGCUGGCAGUGCCUGAGCAAGAGGAACGACUGUGGACUGGACCUGGUGCCCACCAUGAUCCUGGCCUGCUGCAUCCUGCACAACGUGUGCGAGUCCCACGGUGAUGCCUUCAAAGCGGAGUGGCAGGCGGAGGUGGCCAGGGCAGAAAGCCCUCAGCCCGGCCACCGGCAGCUGCUCUCUACCAGAAUGGACCAAAGUCAGGCGGAGGAUGUCCGACGCCUCUUUUGUGAAUAUUUUGAACAAAACAUUUCAUAAUAGCCUGAUAUUGUUGAAAACCAGUGUAAACUACUGCUAGAUUUUUUUAAACUAUGACUGUACCAUGGAGAUGACAAUGCCUUUUAUUUAGUAACAAUGUGUAGGAUGGCAAUGUUGGUGUACAUAUGAACACAAAAAAGGCCUGAAAUUAAAAGUCAGGUUAAAUAAAGGCCAAAUCAAUGGAAUAAUAAAUACACAAA